AUAUAAAUAAGUAAGUGGCGACGUCAUCAGGAUACACAAUCCUAUGCCGGUGAAGGGUGGAAUUAUCCCUUCUCCGGCAUCAUUUAAUCCUGGGAUAUACUCUCCCACGCCCGCUCGAAUUUCUUCCAACGAACCUUCCUAAUCAGCCAUCCCUAAUACACAAAUCCGUGUGAGUUCUGUCGAGCCUCCUCGGUUAUCUUGGUUCUUGCUUGGAUCGUGGACAGAUCCUUUCUUUUCGAGCUCUGAUUUGUGAGCUUGGUUUGUUGUUUCUCUGGUUCAGAUUACCCAGGAGAUUUGAUCUCUUCAGGGUGUUCUUAUACGUCGAAUCUGGGGCGAAAUCAGAGGUAUUAUUGGGCGGUGUCGCUUCCGAUCCUGCCAAGGUGGUUUGUUUAUUUUAUCCCGCGGCAUUAGCUUGUUGGAUUGUCGUAAAGUUCGGAUUCUCAGCAGGGACACAAGUUAGAUAGGGACAAUCCCGAAUUUGGGGAUUGGGAAGUUCCCGAUUUCUUGAAGAAUUGGUUGGAGUUUUGAGGUGAAAUCAAUAAAGGUUAGGAGGUGCAUAUUCUUGAUAAUUUCUCCUGAUUGUUAAUUGAGUGAAAAGAUUGUUCUUUGAGAUGGAUGGUCGUGGUCGCCCGGAAUUCUCAUGCUAGAGGUUCCAGUGUUUCAUGGUCUGAUGAUCUGUGCCGCGCAAAAGCUCCCAGAUUGUGGGCAAAAUGUAUGCCGUCGGAAAGGUCUUGUACAGUGUCGCCGGUCCAUUCCACCCAUUUGGCGGUGCGGUCGACAUAGUUGUUGUGCAGCAGCAGGACGGCAGCUUCAAGAGCUCGCCGUGGUAUGUGCGAUUUGGCAAGUUCCAGGGGGUUCUCAAGACAAGGGAGAAGGUGGUAAACAUUGCUGUGAAUGGUGUCGAAGCCGGGUUUCACAUGUACUUGGAUAGCAAUGGUGAGGCUCACUUUCUCAGGGAUGCAGACUCAAUUACUGCAGAAGGGGAUUUUGUUGUGUCCACUUCAUCUUUGGGGGAUGAACGGGAGGUGCUGAUGCAGGAUGCACAGUUAAGGAAAUCCAAGAGCACUUCUUGUGAUAUCUCAACCAUGGAGGCCAGUGCUGGGGAUGGGAAGAUGCCUGCGAGGACAGUCUCAAGACAGAGCACCAUACUUGAGCGGAUGUUUGGACGGAAACCAAAUAAGGACAAUGCCCCUGCUGUGGAUAGUGUGUGCUCAUUAGAGCGUGCGGAGAUUGCAGCCGAACUCCUUGAUGCAAAGUGGUCGACAAAUCUCUCGCAUGGUUCGGAAGCUCCUAGUUCUGAUCAUGAACCUUCCAGUAGUCAUCUGAGAGAUGCUGGCAAUGGUAAUCAAGGGGAAACCGCAAAAAUGGUAUUGCCAGAUUGUAGCUUGGAUCAUGACAAAGCAAUGGGCUCUAAUUGUGACAAUGUGAACAGCACUGUUGGUAGCCCACAUGGAGGAAGCAGGAGUUCAGGAGAUGAAAAGGCGCACUGUAUACAAACCACUAGUGUCGAGGAGGAGAUUGUUGCCAUUUAUGCACAUAAGACUGAUGGGAUCAUGUCAACUAUAGACUGGCCAGGACCAGAAUAUAUGUCAAAUGAUUUGGAUACAGGUAAAAGUAUCAAUGAGUCUGUUGAUACUCAAGGUGAGUUGCAGCGUAAUCUUGAAGAUGUUACAGUAAGGGAAAUGCAUACGGAGGUUUUUUCCAAUGGUAUUUUUGAAAUUCAUGCAAUUGAAACAGGCAUUACUGAUUGUAAAAGUGAAGUGGUUUCACAGUUGGUUGCUGUUGAUUCCGACAAGUUCAACCAAAAUUUUACUGAAGCAAAUUCACCAACUUUUAGCACAAUCACAUAUUUAUCAAGUGAAACGCAUGAUGGUUCAUCGAUUGCUUGUGGUCAUAAGGCAUGCCAAGAGAAAGUGGUCAUUAUAAGUACCUCGGAGACUCUGGAGAGCUCAUAUGAUGUGUCCAAUAUUUUGGCUGAUGAAGUUCAUUAUGCUGAAGGUAACUCAUUGGCUGAUGGUCUACAGUUUGAAGAGUGUUCCAGAGUCUCCAGUGGAAAAUUGGAACAGGAAGAUGUCAAGGAAAGGUCACUGUCAAAUCAUAGUUCUAGCAAUAAAGAAGACUUGUAUAACUUGGGUGUUCCAGAAGUUUCUGUUUUUGAUGACUCUAGUUCUCAAACCUUCCAAGCUAAUCUUCCUGAUAAGGAUAUUUCUGUCAGUACUCUUGUCAAUGAUCACAUGGAUAUUUCUGUGAACACUGUUGCAAAUGAUCAUAAUACCAGCUCAUCUCAUGAUUUAGCUUGUCAGCAUGGUCUAAUAUUUCCUGAUGCUUCUCCUGGUGGUAUAGAUAUAUUGAGUUAUGUGCAUGAAAAUGAUUCUGACGAUGUAGCAAAGGAUUCCACGGUGAAUACUAAAACAUGCUAUGGGGAACAUGAUGUUUCUUUCAAUCAGCCACCAAAAAUUCAAAGUGUGGCCGGAGAGUGCAUUGCCCAAACACAUGAUGUCCCUAAUAAAGUGGAAGGUGAAGUUUCAUCAAUUAUUUUUGAUUUUUCCAGUUUGAGCAAAGUCGACACAGAAAAUAUCAAGCUAGAAUAUGAUGAGAACCGAUCUGGUUCUGCAAGUGGAGUUGACAUUGAGCUUGUCCCGGAGAGUGCAUUUGCCCCAACGGAUAAAGCAGAAACAAUCGUGCCGUCCUGUGAGUUUGUAGAUGAAAUUCAGUUUCAAUUUAGUGGCACUACAAGUUUUGCUGAUAGAAAAACCCUGGAUGAUAUAAUAGCUAAUAAAACAGCAUGUGAAGGAGUGCAUGAUGAAGCUGAUGGUGAUGCAGAUGAAGAGGGAGGGAAUGACACUGAUCUCGGAAAUGAAUCAAAAAAACAUUCUGAUUUGUCAAGGCCUAAGAUUAUCCUUAUUCCUAAUCCUGGAAGUGAGUUGCAUCUAUGUGAUAGUAAUCUGGAGGCCAAAUCUGCACCAAAUCUCUGUUCUCACAUAAACGAUCUUGAAAGCUCUGAUGGUUUUCAAGUAAGUCGCUCACUGUACAAUGGUGAGAAUAGUGGGGUUGAUCAAGUCGAGAGUAAGAACUCUGGCUUUUCAGAGCAGGAACUAGAAGGCACUAGUGAGUCAAAAGAAAAUAGUGGCCUGUGUGAGCUCAUCAACAGUCCAGUGCCUGAUAACAAGCACUCUGAUGACCUGAAAGACGAUUCGUUCAACCCUUUUGUGGAAUUAUCCCUAUGCAGGCACUUGUUAUCUGAAGGCAUGGGAGCAGAUGCUGCGUGCAAAACCUUUGAUGCUGAGAAGAUAACCUUAGAGAAGUUCCGUGCCAUGGAGCAGUCAUUGAUAAGAAAUGGCAAGCUAGUUGUUAGGAUUUCUGGCCGUUACUUUCCCUGGGAUGUAGCUGCACCUGUCGUACGGGGGAUGGUUUCUUUUAGAGAGGAACAGCUCUUUGAACACCAAGGUAUGAUAAAGGUGGAGCGAGUUGAGCCAAGCACAACACAAGGUGGCAGCUGGAGAAUUUGGCCAUUUAGUUUCAAAAGAACGAGGACUAUUAACAGCAUCCAGCCAGUUUGUGAGAGCACAGUCGCGAGUACUUUGUCCAUUCCUGUUAGAGAGUCGGAUGGAGAAAGAAAUAAAGCCAGUGCAAAGAUGAUGGAGAGGAAGGUGCGAUCGCUCACUCCAACAUCUGAGGAGCUUGCGUCUCUUCAUCUCAGAGAGGGCAGGAACAUUGUGACAUUUACCUUCUCCACUGCUAUGCUUGGGACGCAGCAGGUAGAUGCUCACAUAUAUUUAUGGGAAUGGAAUGCACACAUUGUCAUAUCAGAUGUUGAUGGAACUAUCACCAAGUCUGAUGUUCUAGGUCAGUUCAUGCCAAUGGUUGGUGUUGAUUGGUCUCAAAAUGGAGUUGCUCAUUUAUUUUCUGCAAUAAAGGAAAAUGGAUAUCACCUGCUUUUUCUAAGUGCGCGCUCAAUUUCACAGGCCCACCUAACAAGGCAGUUUCUUUUCAACCUAAAGCAGGACGGAAAAGCACUUCCUGACGGCCCUGUCGUGAUAUCUCCUGAUGGCCUCUUUCCAUCUUUGUACAGAGAAGUUAUCAGAAGAGCUCCUCAUGAAUUCAAGAUCUCAUGCCUAGCGGAUAUCAAAGCACUAUUUCCUCCUGACUCGCAUCCUUUCUAUGCGGGAUUUGGGAAUAGAGAUACUGAUGAGCUUAGUUACCUCAAGGUUGGGAUUCCCAUGGGCAAGAUCUUCAUAAUUAAUCCCAAGGGUGAAGUUGCUGUGAAUCGCCGGGUGAAUACCAAAUCAUACAUGUCCCUGCAUGCUCUUGUGAAUCGGGUGUUCCCUCCUCUAUCGUCACCACCGGAGCAGGAGGACUACAACACCUGGAAUUACUGGAAGAUGCCAGUCGCUGAUAUUUGAGGUGCAGUCUGGGCACAAUGCUCUAUGGCGCACAGCAAUGUCCAUAAGAAGGCGAAGGCAGAGGGGUAGUGCAGCGAGGCCAAUGAAUGGUUGGCGAAUGCUCCUAAUGCAAGAUGAAGGUGUGUAUAAUACGGAGUAGGCAACAACAUAGUCUGUACGAGCGAUGCCAUCAUAUUGCAGCUUGGUUGAAAAUGGGAGGUCCCUUGAGUUGGUUUCUUCUUCCUUGCUGUACUAUCGUAGUAGUACUAAUUUUGUACUAGAACAACAAAACAAGAAUUCAAAUAUCAUCAAGCCUGUAGGAUUGGAUGCUGGUGAUGACGUUGCGUUUUGCACAUGUCAAUCUUGUUAUUUUAAUUUUGUCUGCCUCUGCCCGUGGACAAUUUAUUUGCAAAAUAAAUAUAGCGUCAAUAUUGAUCGUUC